CAAGGUAAUUGCUCACGUGUAUGAAAAAGACCCGAGUUACACCAAACAAUUUGGCGGCGUGUGGCAAUACACGCGUCGUGCGGGUCGUCUCGACCAGUUUUCCGACAAUAGUUCAGGGGAUUUCAGCCUUGUUGGACGCUCGAAACAGGUCCUCCUUUCAAUAGUACAUUCGAACAUGGAUAGCGAUCUGGUGAAAUACACCGGCGGUUGUCACUGCGGGGCGGUCAGGUACGAGGUCUGGGCACCGGCCGUUCUCAACGUGAUCGACUGCAACUGCUCCAUCUGCGUUAAGAAGCAAGGGCGGCACUUCAUCGUCCCGUUCAAUCAGUUCAAGCUCCUCAAAGGACAUGAUUCCAUCAAGACCUACUCCUUCAACACGCACAUGGCGAAGCACAACUUCUGUGUCACCUGCGGCAUCCACCCCUUCUACAUCCCGCGCUCCAACCCCGACGGAUACGGCGUGAUCGUGAGCUCCCUGGACGACGCGACGAUCAAGAAGAUGAAAGUGGAAAAGUUCGACGGCAAGAACUGGGAGGCGGCGAUACAGAAGAACUCCCACAUCAGCGCCUACUCGAAGCCCGGCAAGAGGUAGACGGUCUGACGCCGCAGCAAAGAGGGCCGGAGGAGCGAUCUUGGCGAUGCAUCGGCACAAAAAUGGCGCUAGAUUAUAUCUUUAUUGGGAGAUGUUUUUGCCUAAAACGCCUGUGUGUAUUGAUUUACGAUUACAUGGAUACGAGUAAAUUUAUUUAAAUACUG